GUACGCCGUUCUGCCAUGGCAGCGGGGCCCGUGGUGUAUUCGCUCCCCUUGAGCGCCUCGCCCGGUCACGCUCAGGACCUCAGCGAGCGCAAGCCGCACGGGAGGAUUUUGAUCUCGAAGAGUGCGUUCGCUCGGUUCGACUAUGACGCAGAGGGGGACGUGCGCGCCCGCGGCCUGUUCCUCUGCGCGGGGCCGGAGCCGGCGCAGUGGCACUCGGUGGCCACCACGAGGGCAGCGGCCUCCCUGGCCGACGCGACCGCGGAGGCGGAGCCGCCGAGGCCGCAUGCCGCCGCGGCGCAGGCGGCGCCGGCGCCGGCCCCGGCAGAGGACACCGCGAAGCUGAAGCGGGAUCUCGAGUCUCGCGAGAACGAACUCAUGACCGUCACCAUGGAGAUGAGGAGAAUGCAGGAGAACAUGAAGAUGCUGGAGGCGAGAGCCUCGGCGGCCCCGCAGCCGGACUUCGCCGCCCCGAUCGAGGGCGACGGUGCCCCGUCGGGGCCCGCCGCCAUGUUCGCCAGAGGAG